CUGCUGCUGCUGCUGCUGCUGCUGCUGCUGCUGCUGCUGCUGCUGAGCUCCAGCCCCCGUGCAGAGGCAAGCAGCCACCCCAGCCCCCCUCAGCCCCCCACACCAUGAGCGGGUGAUUGCAUUCCCUCCGUCCUUCUGUGGAUGCCCGGGCUGGGGAGAGGCAUCCCCUUCCAGCUUUGGCCAUGAGCAUGGAAGAUUACGAUUUCCUGUUCAAAAUCGUUUUAAUCGGGAACGCCGGCGUGGGGAAGACGUGCUUAGUUCGGCGAUUUACUCAGGGUCUCUUCCCGCCGGGGCAAGGAGCCACCAUUGGGGUGGACUUCAUGAUCAAGACGGUGGAGAUCAACGGAGAAAAAGUAAAGCUGCAGAUCUGGGACACGGCGGGGCAGGAGAGGUUCCGCUCCAUCACGCAGAGCUACUAUCGCAGUGCCAACGCGCUCAUCCUGACCUAUGACAUCACGUGCGAGGAGUCCUUCCGCUGCCUCCCCGAGUGGCUGCGGGAGAUCGAGCAGUACGCCAGCAACAAGGUCAUCACCGUGCUCGUCGGCAACAAGAUCGACCUAGCCGAGAGGAGGGAGGUGUCCCAGCAGAGAGCCGGAUUUUCCCAGGCACAGGACAUGUACUACCUGGAGACGUCGGCCAAGGAGUCGGACAACGUGGAGAAGCUGUUCCUGGAUCUGGCGUGCCGGCUGAUCCGCGAGGCCAGGCAGAACACGCUCGUGAACAAUGUGGCCUCUCUGCCGGGGAGGGAAAGCAUCAGCUAUCUGACCUGCUGUAACUUCAACUGAAGGCCGACGGCCGGGCCGCAGACGACAGAGAACGGCAACAGACUCUCGAUGGGGUGAGAGCUGCGGGCGAGGGUUGUUUUUGCCAUUUUGACCACCUCCCCCUCCCCACCGGCCCUUCCCGCGUCCGGGGCCCCCGGCCGGCACGGCCGUUGACCGAGAGCCCGGAGGCGGCGGGGCGGGCGGCCUCCGCGCGGGGGUACGCGGGUGGUGCCGGGGGACGGAGAGGUGGUCCCGGGCCCCGGCCGC